AUGUAUGUAGCAGUUUAUGUGGAUGAUGUCCUGUUGACAGGGACAGACCAAUCAGAAAUUGAUCAGUUGAAGUCCUUUCUACACAACAAAUUCAGAAUCAAGGAUCCGGGAAAGCUGCACUACUUCUUGGGCUUGGAAGUUCUAUACAAAGCAGAUGGUGUUAUUAUUUCACAAAGAAAAUUUCUCCUUGACUUGCUUAGAGAGUAUGACUACUUGGAGUACAGUGCUCUUGUUUCACCUCUUGAUCCCAAUGUGAAACUAAGAGCAAAAGAGGGGGUGCUCUUGGCAGAUCCCAAUUAUUACAGAAUGCUGGUUGGAAAGUUAAAUUUCCUCACAAACACAAGGUUGGAUAUUGCUUUUAGUGUGCAACACCUUAGCCAGUUCAUGCAGGACCCUAGGGAGCCCCAUUUGAAAGCUGCCUUUCACCUGUUGAGAUAUCUUAAGGGUGAUCUUACUCUAGGUGUGUUCAUGUCCAAUGACUCUGACUGGUCAAUUAAAGCCUAUUGUGACUCUGAUUGGGCAGCUUGCCCAGACACAAGGAAGUCUGUUAGUGGCUACGUUGUUCUAUUAGGGAGCAGUCUUAUCAGCUGGAAAUCCAAAAGGCAAGAGACUGUUUCACUAUCCUCAGUAGAAGCUGAAUACAGAUCUUUGAGAAAAGUGGUUGGGGAGUUAGUUUGGUUGAAGAGAUUGCUUACUGAAUUAACAGCUUCCUGUUCCAGUCCUUUUGAAGUGUUUUGUGAUAGUGAGUCAGCCUUACAUAUAGCAAGGAACCCAGUAUUUCAUGAACGCACCAAACACAUUGAGGUGGACUGUCGUUUUGUUCGACAACAACUACAAGAUGGUCUGGUUUCCUUGCAUCACAUUGCCACCAAUGACCAGCUUGCAGACAUUCUUACGAAGGCUCUUAUAGGCAUCAAGCAUUCUACUGUUCUGAGCAAGUUGGCUGUGCUUCUCCCACCUCCAACUUGA